UUUACUAUGCCUUUCAUAUUUCCAAAGCUUCUGUCCAUGAAGCUCCAACCCUUUUGGCUGCUUCUUCUAAUGUGCUUUUCUGCAUUUCCUCAUUCUCAUGCUUCUAAUUCUUCUCGGGUUGCUUCAGAAGCAAAUGCUCUCCUGAAGUGGAAAGUGAGUCUUGACAACCAGAGUCAAGCUUCUCUCUCUUCAUGGAGUGGCAACAGUUCUUGCAAUUGGCUCGGAAUUGAAUGUGAUCACUCCAAAUAUGUGUCCAAAAUAAAUCUUCCAGGUAUUGGAUUAAGAGGUACGCUUGAAAAUCUCAACUUCACGAUGUUUACAAAUAUUCACACUCUAAAUGUAAGUAACAACAACUUGAAUGGAAGCAUUCCUGCUCAAAUUGGAGUUCUAUCCAAUCUAGUUGUUCUUGAUUUGUCUGCUAAUAAACUAUCUGGGAUUAUUCCUUCUGAAAUAACACAGUUGAUUGGCCUUCAUGAUUUGAACAUGAGUUUUAAUACUUUUAGUGGGUCCCUUCCCCAAGAAAUAGGGAGAUUGAGGGAGCUGAGAAUGCUUCAUGUUCCUUGGUGCAAUCUCACAGGGACAAUCCCAAUCUCUAUAAAAAAGUUGAACAAUUUGUUUCAUCUAGAUGUGGGAGGCAACAACCUUUUUGGUAUUCCUCAGGGAAUUUGGCAUUCAACCCUAAAGCACUUGUCACUUGCCGUUAAUAAUUUCCAUGGUUCCAUUCCUAAAGAAAUUGUAAAUUUGAGGAAUGUGGAGAUUCUAUAUCUUUUUGGGAGUGGUCUUUCUGGCACCAUACCCCAAGAAAUUGGGAUGUUGGGGAAAAUUAUAGAGCUCGACUUGAGCGGUUGUAAUCUUAGUGGACCUAUACCUAUUUCAAUUGGAGCUUUGACCAAUAUGUUACGUCUCGGCUUGCACAACAACCAACUUUCUGGUAACAUUCCUAGUGAACUUGGAAAUUUGCAUUCCCCUAUAACAAUCGAGUUGUCAAACAACAACCUCUCAGGACCAAUCCCGACUUCUAUAGGUAACAUGGUCAAUUUGGAAUUCCUUUUACUUGAUCGAAACAAACUCUCUGGAUCCAUUCCUUCCACUAUUGCAAAUUUGUCAAAGCUUCGUUAUUUAUCUUUAUUUCAAAAUUAUCUCAAUGGUAAGAUUCCAAUAGAAAUGAAUAGGCUUAUUGCUUUGGAAAGUUUGCAACUAGCUAAUAAUAAUUUUGUUGGUCAUUUACCUCAUAACAUUUGUGUUGGUGGAAAAUUGGCAAAAUUUUCCGCUAGCAAUAACUAUUUCACUGGCCAUAUACCAAAGAGUUUGAAGAAUUGUUCUAGCCUUAUACGAGUCAGACUUCAGGAAAAUCAACUAACUGGAAAUAUAACAGAUGCUUUUGAUGUACUUCCGAACUUGGAUUACAUCGAAUUGAGUGAAAACAAUUUUUAUGGUCAUCUUUCACCAAAUUGGGGGAAGUUCCGUAGUCUCACAAGCCUCAAGAUCUCAAACAAUAAUUUAUCAGGUGUUUUCCCACCAGAGCUAGGUGGGGCAACAAAAUUACAAGAACUUCAAUUAUCCUCAAAUCAUCUUACAGGAAACAUUCCACAAGAUUUAUGUAAUUUGGUCUUGUUGUUUCGUCUAUCGCUCAACAACAAUGAUCUUUCAGGAAAUAUUCCCAAAAGAAUUGCAUCGAUGAAGAAUCUUCAGUUUUUCAGUAUUGGAUCUAAUAAUUUGUCUGGCUUAAUUCCAAACCAACUUGGAAAUUUAGUCAAAUUAUGGAACAUGAAUUUUAGCCAGAAUAAAUUUGAGGGGAAUAUUCCCUUGGAGCUUGGCAAAUUAAUAUCUCUUACAACUCUUGAUCUCAGUGGAAAUUUCUUGAGCGGAAGAUUAACACAUAUGCUUGGGGGAUUAAACAAAUUAGAAACAUUGAAUCUCUCUCACAAUAGUCUUUCAGGUGAUCUUUCUUGCUUUGAUGAUAUGAUGAGCUUGACUUCUAUUGAUGUAUCGUCCAAUGAGUUUGAGGGUCCACUUCCAAACAUUCCAGUCUUUCGCAAUGCUACAAUGGAAGCAUUAAGAAAUAAUAAAGGCUUGUGUGGCAAUGUUAGCGGCUUAAAGCCUUGCCUAACACUAAGUGGGAAAUCACAUCAUCAUGUGACAAAAAAAGUUAUAACAAUGGUUCUACCCCUUACUUUGGGCACUCUAAUGCUGGCAUUGUUUGUUUUUGGAGUCUUGUAUUAUUUAUGCAAAACUUCAGUGAAAAUGGAAGAGCGAGCUACCAAUUUACAAACUCUAAAUACAUUUGCAAUAUGGAGUUAUGAUGGCAAAAUGGUAUUCGAGAAUAUUGUUGAAGCUACUGAAAAUUUUGACGAUAAGCAUCUCAUUGGAGUUGGAGGGCAAGGACGAGUUUACAAAGCAAUGUUACCCACAGGUCAAGUUGUUGCUGUAAAGAAAAUGCAUUCAGUUCCAAAUGGAGAAAUACUCAAUAUGAAAGCUUUCACAAGUGAGAUCCAAGCUCUGACAGAAAUUCGCCAUCGUAACAUUGUAAAGUUAUAUGGUUUUUGUUCACAUUCACAAUGGUCAUUUAUGGUGUGUGAAUUCUUGGAGAAGGGCAAUGUCCAGAAUAUUUUGAAGGAUGAUGAACAAGCAAUUGCAUUUGAUUGGAGUAAGAGAGUGAAUGUCGUCAAAGGUGUAGCAAAUGCUUUAUUCUACAUGCACCAUGAUUGCUCACCUCCAAUUAUUCAUCGUGAUAUAUCAAGUAAGAAUGUUCUCUUGGAUUUGGAAUAUGUGGCACAUGUCUCAGAUUUCGGAACAGCAAAGUUUCUUAAUCCCAAUUCAUCCAAUUGGACCUCAUUUGUAGGAACCUUUGGAUAUGCUGCUCCAGAACUUGCUUACACAAUGGAGGUGAAUGAGAAAUGUGAUGUGUAUAGUUUUGGAGUGUUGGCAUGGGAAAUACUUCUUGGAAAGCACCCUAGUGAUUUUAUAUCAUCUUCAUCCACUGGUGUGGCCUUAACACUUGAUCACUUGACAUUGAUGGAUAAUUUGGACGAGCGUCUCCCUCCUCCAACAAAACGUUUAGUCAAAGAGGUGACAUCAAUUGCAAAGAUAACAAUUGCUUGCUUGGCUGAAAGUCCACAGUCUCGUCCUACUAUGAAGGAGGUUUGCAAUCAACUCUCUGGACCAAUCCCUACUUCCAUAGGUAACAUGCUCAAUUUGGAAUCCAUUUUUUUUGCUGAAAACAACCUCUCUGGAUCCAUUCCUUCCACUAUUGGUAAUUUUGGCAAGAUUCCCAUAGAAAUGAACAGGCUUACUGCUUUGGAAAAUUUUCACUUAGCUGAUAAUAAAUUUGUUGGCCAAUUGCCUCACAAUGUUUGCAUUGGUGGAAAGUUGACACGUUUUACUGCUAGCAAUAACAAUUUUACUGGCCAUAUUCCAGAGAGUUUGAGGGCUUGUUCUAGUCUUAUUAGAGUCAGACUUCAGCAAAAUCAACUAACUGGAAACAUAACAAAUUCUUUUGAUGUGCUUCCAAAUUUGAAUUACAUCGAAUUGAGUGAAAACAAUUUUUAUGGUCAUCUUUCACCAAAUUGGGGAGAGUUUCGUAGUCUCACAAGCCUCAAGAUCUCUAACAAUAAUUUAUCAGGUGGUAUCCCACCAGAGCUAGGCAGGGCAACCAAUUUACAAGAACUUCAGUUAUCCUCAAAUCAUCUUACAGGAAAUAUCCCACAAGAUUUGUGUAAUUUGGUCCUGUUGUUUGAUCUAUCUCUCAACAACAAUAAUCUUUCAGGAAAUAUUCCCACACAAAUUGCAUCAAUGAAGAAUCUUAAAAUUAUUAGGCUUGGAUCUAAUAAUUUGUCUGGCUCAAUUCCAAACCAACUUGGAAAUUUGCUCAGAUUAGGUGACAUGAAUUUGAGCCAAAAUAAAUUCGAGGGAAAUAUUCCUCUAGAGCUGAGCAAAUUGACAUCCCUUUCAACUCUUGAUCUCAGUGAAAAUUUGUUGAGUGGAAGAUUAACACAUAUGCUUGGAGCAUUGGAAAGAUUAGAAACAUUGAAUCUCUCUCGCAAUAGUCUUUCAGGAAAUGUUUCUACUAUCUUUGGUGAUAUGAUGAGCUUGACUACUAUUGAUAUAUCUUACAAUGAGUUUGAGGGUCCUCUUCCCAAUAUUCCAGUCUUCCGCAAUUCUACAAUUGAAACAUUAAGAAAUAAUAAAGGCUUGUGUGGCAAUGUUAGUGGCUUGUAGCCUUGCCUAACAUUAGCCACUGAAAAUUUUGACGACAAGCAUCUCAUUGGAGUUGGGGGGCAAGGACGAGUUUACAAAGCAAUGUUACCAACAGGUCAGGUUGUUGCUGUGAAGAAACUGUAUCCCGUUGUAAACUGAGAAAUGCUUAAUGCCAAAGCUUUCACAAGGGAGAUUCAAGCUCUGACAGAAAUUCGACAUCGUAAAAUUGUAAAGUUAUAUGGGUUUUGUUCACAUUCACGAUGGUCCUUUAUGGUGUAUGAAUUCUUGGAGAAGGACAAUGUCCAAAAUAUUUUGAAGGAUGACGAACAAGCAAUUGCAUUUGAUUGGAAUAAGAGAGUGAAUGUUAUUAAAGAUGUAGCAAAUGCUUUAUUCUACAUGCACUAUGAUUGCUCACCACCAAUUAUUCAUCGUGAUAUAUCAAGUAAAAAUGUCCUUUUGGAUUUGGAAUAUGUGGCACAUGUCUCAGAUUUUGGAACGGCCAAGUUUCUUAAUCCCAAUUCAUCGAAUUGGACCUCAUUUGUUGGACCUUUGGAUAUGCUGCUCCAGAAAUGUGACGUGUAUAGUUUUGGAGUGUUGGCAUGGGAAAUACUUCUUGGAAAGCACCCUGGUGAUUUUAUAUCUUCUUUAUUGCUAUCAUCUUCAUUCAUUGGUGUUGCCUCAACACUUGAUGAUAUGACAUUGAUGGUUAAGUUGGACCAGCGUCUCCCUCAUCCAACAAAGCGUUUAUUUAAAGAGGUGGCAUCAGUUGCUAAUAUAGGACUGGCUUGCAUGCUUGAAAGUCCACGAACUCGCCCUACUAUGAAGGAGGUUGUCAAGGAGCUUGUAGUGUAAAACUCAUCUUCAAUGGAUGGACUCAACAUCUAUACUAACGUGUGAAGGUAAAGAUUGAAGUUAUUAAACAG